AACACUCAGUUUUCAGUUAAAGACAGUUCAUUAUUGAACGCGAUGUCAUCAUCCAGCUCAGUUCAGUUCAAAUAGAACAUGAAUCACUAUUUAUGAAAAUAAAAAUCCUUUUAGUUUUCACAAAUCUUUCAGUGUGUCUCAAUCUGAUGUGUGGGCUUGUUGUAAAUCCCCAGCGCGAGGGAACUAAAAAUGUGCAACAUGAUGAUAAACGGGGGUUUCCUACACAACUAACAUUGUUUUCACACUGCAAACUCUUUUUUUUUUCACUUUUCAAGUUACUUCCAGAAACUUGUACCAUGAUAACUGCGUUCUGACACCGUGCUUUCAAAAAAUGACCUUGUGAUUGAAAUUACACAAAGAUCUGUAAUUUUAACAGAAACAAAAUUUAAACAAUCAAAAUACAACACCUAGAACACACUAAGAACCACUUAUAUUUAGAAGUCUCAUGUAUGUAAGUGGCAGGUUAAUUUAGAAAGUGACAUUUAAAACAAACAAACAAAAAAAAGUAUUAAAACAGUCAAAAUGCAACACUUUACUCUGAUCAUAAGUGCAAUUUCAAGUAAAUUUAUUUGACAUAAGCACCAUUCAGGACAUAAUUUUAGUUUCCAUACAAAAGUCUCUAAAUCAUACAAUGACACUAAAUCAGAUUUUCAAGCACUAAAAUAUUAAGGCCAAACACACUUCAUCAUUUAAAAUGACUAAUUAGCGCCACCUACUGUGCACAUGUGCUGCAUUGCACUGAGAGGACAGUGAUCUUUCUCAAAGAUCUGACAAACUGAGUGAAUAUAUAAAACCUGACAUUUACAUAUAAGUUUCAUACUGUUUAUUUCUGUGUAUUUCUUACAAAUCCAGCAGCUUGCUGGCGUUUUAUAAUGUGAAUGCGGCUAUUGUGUGCAGGUUGUCAUGGAAACUUCAAAGCAGCUUCUGGGGCCCCUCUGUGUCGAAGUUAGUGAAGUUGGACACGUAUUGUAGAACAAACCGGCCUGCGCCGGACUUGAGUGCAAGAAAGCCAGGGGCUUACAGCAUGAAGGUUCAGCUUUAGAGUUGAAAACGUUGAGAGUUACAAUACAUCACUAUGUUCACACUGUCUGAGCUGUGGUCCGGCGGUGAGCGUCAGGGCAGUUAUAAGCUGCUGAAGCCGUGGUGGGAGGUCUUCAUGGACUACCUGCUGGUGCUCAUGCUGAUGGUGUCCAUCCUCGCCGGGACGCUCCAGCUAUCACGGGACGGAGUCGUUUGUGUCCCUGUACACUCCUCUUCUAUCAACUACAGCUCUCCCCUGGAGCUUGUGUCUGAUUCUGUUUUUAGAAGCACACCAGAGCCACCCAAGAUCCCUUUGAAGGGGCGACGUACCAACCUUGACUUCCAGCAGUACAUCUACAUCAGUCAGGUUUGCUAUCACGAGGCAUUGCCCUGGUACUCACGGUUUUUACCAUAUGUGACGCUGCUACAUACGUUAGUUCUCCUGGCCAGUGGCUGCUUCUGGUUCCACUUCCCGCUCACAUCUGCUCGCAUCGAGCACUUCCUAUCACUUCUCGCCAAAUGUUGCGAAUCGCCCUGGACGACAAGGGCGCUUUCUCUUACGGCCAAACUGGACACGCGCUUCUCUGAGACAGAACAAGCAGUGCAAGCCAAAGUUCAGGUAACACCUUCAUACAAAAUGCCCAAGUCAAGUCUGGACUCUGGAACAGACAGCCCUCUGUUGGCGGGGACUGAUAGUGUGUCCACUACAACGCAACCGUCUCCGUGUCCCUCAACGUUGUCUCAUUGCUCAACGCUUUCAGCUAUGUCACUCACAGAGCCGGUUAUGCCUGUGCAAGUUGUUCCGGACACUUCCAGACAGGGAGCCACGUUGGACCGCAGCGACAGAGAGCAGGCCAGAGCGCUGUUUGAGAGAGUGCGCAGGUUUCGUGCUCACUGCGAGAGUUCAGAUGUUAUCUAUAAGAUGUACACUGCUCAGACGGUGUUCAAGGUUCUGAAGUUUAUUCUGAUUGUGAGCUACACCACUCCUCUCCUGGGCUCAAUCUCCUUUAGUCACAUCUGCCAUCCUCGCUCUUCUGCUCUGACCGGCUACAGCGUCUUCCAGUGCAGUCACUCGCUGUCCUCCGUCCUGCGCAAGCUAAUGCAGGCCUACGUCUUGCUGCUCUUUCUGUUUGGUCUGCUGGGCAUCUAUGCCCUGUCCUGGAUCUUCCACAAGUCUUUGAGGCAGUACUCUUUCCAGAGUCUACGUGAGAAAGGAUCCAUGCUAGAUGUACCUGACCUUCAUAAUGACCUUGCCUUCCUCUUGCACAUGGCCGACCAGUAUGACCCUCUACUGGCCCAGCGCCUGUCUGUCUUCCUCUCACCGGUCAGUGAGACUCGACUGCUGGAAGAAAGUCUGGAGCGUCGCUGGGGAGCUGAUCGCUUGCGGUCAAUGAUCACAUCUGACCAGCAGGGACGCUCUCUGCUGCAGCUCGUGGCCCUUCCUCGCCUGCCAGCGGCCCUGUUCACCUUCAGCCAGCUAGAGGUGUUGAAGUUGGAACUUAUUGGAGAUGCCAAACUGACAGCACAGAUAUCUAACAUGACUGCACUCAAAGAGAUGCACCUUUACCACUGCACUGCAUCAGUGGAGCCUGCAGCACUGCAGCACCUUCAGGAACAUCUAGAGACUUUACAUCUAACCUUCACCCAAGCUGCAGAGAUCCCAGUCUGGGUUUAUUCCCUCCGCGGCCUGCAAGAGCUGCACCUCACCGGGAGGUUGAGCAAUGAGGGCGGGAUGGGGCGCGGAUGGGCCCUUUGCAGCCUUCGGCAACUGCGUCAUCUCCGCAUCUUAGUGCUGCGUGGAAUGCUGCAGAAAGUUCCAGGGGAGCUGAGCGAAUUGGCAGGGAGUCUGCUAAAACUGGAGAUAUAUAACGAGGGCACCAGGUUAUUGGUACUUACAGGACUGAGGCGUUUGACUGGACUGGCAGAAGUGCAACUGCAAGGAUGCCAGUUGGAGAGGCUGCCAUCAGCGCUACUGGCGCUUUCAGGUCUACGCAGUUUGGACCUGCAACACAACAGUCUGCGUACUCUAGAAGAGCUGUUAGGAUUGCAGCAUCUGCGGCGUCUGUCCUGCCUACGACUCGCACAUAACCGUGUUCUGGCUCUUCCGGCCAUUGUAGGAGUGCUGCGCUCACUGGAGCUCCUGGAUUUGGCACACAAUCAGCUGCAAAACCUACCUUUGGCGCUCUUUACGCUGCAUAAGCUGCGACGCCUGCUUUUGGCAGGAAACCUUUUGGAAGAGUUGCCAGCUGAAAUCGGAGCCUUGAAGCUUCUUAGCGAACUAGACCUGAGCGCCAACAGACUUGAACGUCUCCCCAAGGAACUGUUUGAAAGUUGCGUAGAGCUUCGCAACUUGAAUGUUGCGAAUAACUCUCUAGGGUCUUUGCCCACUGGUUUUGGUGGCCUGACUCAGCUUUCACGUCUGGAUGUACGGGGAAACAGCCUAGAGGAACUGUCGGUCGAGCUGGGGUGUUGUUUUGGGCUUCGUGGAGGCGGUCUGCUGGUGGAAAAUUGGCUGUUGCACACCCUACCUCGGCAGGUCAGGGAUAUGCUACAGCAGCCCAGCUCUUGCCCCUCUUCUGAACCUCCAUCACGACCUAAUUCUGACUGCUUUCCCACCUUUUCAGCUGCACAGUGGAGCUUCCACUCCGCACUGGAAUCUCAGAUAUAAAACAUUAGCUUUAGACUGAACUCAUGAACAAUAUCUUACUAAUAUUACUAAUGACGCUUUUCCACUGCAUCGUAUGGCACAGUACGGUUCGUUUAACUUUUGGGGGGUUUUCCACUGGGUACAGUACCUGGUACCUGGUACUUUUUUAGUACCACCUCGGCCGAGGUUCCAAGCGAACCGUACCGUUACCAAAACGUGACGUGUAAACUCUGCUGAUCACUGAUUGGCCAGAGAAAAUAGUCACUGCCUGCAUCACUGAACUUCCAAUACGAGACACAACAGACCCGCUAGCUUUAAAUCAGCACAGCCAGCAAAGGAUCGAACACAACUCUUUUGAACGAGCGCACCUUUUUUAACAACCAAAAAAUGGCUGUUUCGUUGUCUGUUGAGGAAGUACAGAAGUUCCUCUCGUUGAUAGCCGAGGAGCGGAUCCAGCGAGAGCGUGAUGGAGCGACGCGGAAUGAAAACGUUUUUCAGGAGUCAUGGCAGUAGAGGCGGCGCAACUAUAAUGACAUGUGAAUAAUCCCGCCCACUCUAAAGUGGUACUAAACUGCAGUGGAAACGCAAACUGAGCCGAGCCAUGCCGAGCCGAGUCGUACCACACAGUGGAAAAGUGCCAUAAAAUGAGUCUGGAAAAGCCAGUAUUUUGCCAAGAAGACUUUAAAUGUGACUCAUAAGGAUACACUGAUAUGACGACUGAAAAAAUUUUGAAACAUGUUUAUAUGCUUAACCGGGUAACUGUCUCUAGCCCAAUUAACCCAUUGUAAACCUUUCUAAUCAUCAUUUUGAAAAGCAGGACUCUAACUUUCAUAUUUGGUGACUGAUUUUUUCCAUUGAAACCUUGGCUACUUUUUAUGCCUAAAGUUCAAAAACAUAACAUCCAUUAUAAUUUUGUUUCUAAAAAUGUGUAAAUUCUCUCUCUCUCUAUAAUACUGUCAGAAUCUCCAUUCAUGACGGAAUGCAAACUAUGCAUGUAUGGUUGCUUUCUACAUGUC